GGAAGCUAUGGCUUUUCUGCAUUUUCUGGAGGAGUACUUAGACGUGGUGUUGGUCCCAACCGGGAUCUUGAUCAUGCUAAUCUACCACCUCUUCCUCCUCUACAAAUACAUCAAUCACCCUCUCGCCACCGCUAUUGGAUCUGAAAACAACGACAAGAAAACUUGGGUUGGAAAAAUCUUGCAUGGUAAAGAUGUCGAAGUUGCAAAGAAAGUUAAAACAGCUAUUGAUGUGAUUUCCUCCAAUACAAGUGCAACUACGACCUUAGCAUCAAUCUCUCUAACUCUCUGCUCUCUCAUCGGAGCUUGGAUGGCAAACUCCAACAACUUCUUCCCAAAAGCAAUAAUAUAUGGCAACACAAACCCUACAACUAUUUCCAUCAAGUACAUCUGCCUCUUGACAUGCUUUCUCCUUGCUUUUUCAUGCUUUGUUCAAUCGGCCAGGCACUUUGUCCACUCAAACUACCUGUUAACCACGCCAGGAGCUACUGCCGAAAGCGACGUGAAGAAAGCCAAGAAAGCAGUUCAAAGGGGAAGUGAGUUUUGGUCAUUGGGUCUUCGAGCACUCUACUUUGCUCUCAAUUUUCUGUUGUGGUUUUUUGGACCAAUUCCCAUGUUUGCUUCGUCUGUCGUAACAGUCGUGAUCCUAUCAUGCCACGACUUUAAGAAGUCGUGCGGCGACCAAAAGUGGCCGGCGUCGGCCAAGGCUAGGAGUGAACAUUUAUUAUCGUUUUCUUGAGCGUAAAUUUUGUGGAGUUGAAUCAAAAUUUCAUUGAUCAUGAAUGCAAUAAUGUUAGUCCUACUACUCGUGUUCAUUGAAAGUCACUGUGCAUGUAACAUGACGUAUA